UCGAUCGCACCCCCUAGAAAUAUGCGAAUAGCCCAAAAAUUAGUAUAUACAAAGUUUUGGGUCAAUCAAAAAAGGUUUAGAGGUUGCGCAAGGAGCUUGAAAUCCUGAAAAAUUAAGAAUUUUUGCCAUUUUUAUGUCUCAGACUUCCAUAUUUCAAAGCCACACUAUCCCUUGCUGGUUUUCCAUACCGUAAUAAGAUCUGCAUUUUAUUACCUUUCUAAAAUUACCACAAUCUUAAAAAUCGGUUGAUUGAUGAUAAAGUUACAGAAAUACAAAUAUGAAAGUAAAUUAAAUGUGUUGCACGUGCAUUCUCAAGCGUCGCAUGCUCGUGAUAUACCGUUAUAACGGUUCUAAUGUCAUAAAAAUUUAUAUUCUGUAUUGCUAAAAGCUAGUGUGCUAACGUAGUCGCAAAAGUGAGUACAGAGAAAUCGUGGCGUGUAGACAAUUUAAUUUGCAAAAUAUUAUAAAAAUGAGUGAAUAUAAUUUUCGGUCGAAAAUUUACUUAAUUGGAACGUCAAGCUCUCAAAUUCUUGGUGCAAAACUACCAUCAAAUAAACAAGUGUUAUCAGUUUUUUUUCAUAAUCAUAACAUAGUGAAAUUAUCAAUUCGUAAGAGUGCUAGAUUGACUAUAAAAGAAGUGUCCGUAUUUUGGGAAAAAGCAAGAAUACCAAUUAGAGAUGAAAAACACUGCAUUGACAAGUUGGAAAAUAUGCAUAGAGAAUGGCAAGCUAUUGGAAAAAGUAAAAAUCGGUCUAGUGAAAAGCAAAAACAAAAAGUAAAGCAAUUUAGUGAAAUGUUAGAUGAUUUAUUUGAUAUUGCUCAUGCUAAUGCAUUACAACUAAUUAAAAUUGACACCGACAAAAAGUUUUUGAUAAAUCAACGAAAAAAGGGGCGACCAGGAUGUUUUGGUGUUGUUGAUACCAAAACUGCCCAAAAAGAGAAAAGAAAGGCAGCGAUUUUAGAAGAACAAAUGAGAAGAAAGAUACGAGUGGUAGACAAUAUGGAAAACGAAAUUGAGGCAAUUAACACAGGUAUGUAUUUGAAUGAAACUGUAAUUUGAAUGGGGUGACAUUUAUGUACUUGUAGCAGGAGAAUUGUCUUCAGACAGUGAUGAUGUGCAUACAAGUUUGGAAAGUGAGAUGGAAGAAGAUUCUCAUCCAUCAUGCUCCACUUCCAUCAAAAAUCGAGGAACGAAGUACGUCUUCACUGAAAGAGUCGUAUCUGCCCUAGAUAAAUGCAAAAUUAGUGAUCGUUCAGCAAUGCAUAUUGUCACUGCCGUUGCUGAAGCACUAGGACAUAAUACAAAUGAACUCAUAAUAAACCGUACGUCAUUGCAGCGCCAAAGGCAUUUAAAUCGGUUAAAAAAAUCAGAAAACAACAAAGAAAACCUCAAGAUACACUGUGGCACUUUGCAUUGGGAUGGAAAACUCCUUCCGGAAAUAACAGGUCGAGAAAAGGUGGAACGACUUCCAGUUGUUGUUACUGACAGGAAUGGCGAACACUUAAUAGGGGCUCCAAAACUAUAUGCUGCAACGGGCUCAGAAAUAGCUGAUACGCUGUACGAACUGAUAUUUGAAUGGGACUUGAAGGAUCAUAUUGUGGCCUGUUGUUUUGAUACGACAUCGACUAACACGGGCGUAAUAAAAGGAGCUGCAACGUUGUUAGAAAAAAAACUUGAGCGAAAGCUUUUGUAUCUACCUUGUCGGCAUCAUAUAUAUGAAAUAUUGUUGAGAGGGGUUUUCGAGUGUUAUUUUCCCGUAAAUACAAGUAAAGACGUCCAAUUGUUUCGCCGGUUUCAAGAGAAUUGGGAAAAUAUUGAUAAAAACAAUUUUAAAGACUUGUUACAAAACAAUGAAUUAAAUUUACGUUUGAAUGAUAACGUAGAUACUAUUUUAAAUUUUUGUAAGGAAGAGAUGAAAAAGAAAAUAGUUAGAGAUGACUAUAGGGAAUUAUUGGAAUUGACGUCUAUAUGUCUAGGAGCAAAUAACGGCGUAAAAUUUCGUGUACCAGGUCCAACUCAUCAUGCGCGGUGGAUGGCUAAGGCAUUAUAUUGCUUAAAGAUCUAUUUAUUUCGUGAACAGUUCAAACUAACGGAAUAUGAAGAGAAUUCGUUAGCAAGUAUAUGCGCAUUUAUUAUAAGAUUCUACGUUAAGCUUUGGUUUAACUGCACCAAUCCAUCUAAAGCACCUCUUCAAGACUUAUCUUUUAUUAAAGAAAUUCACGAGUAUAGAAAUGUUAAUAAAAUAAUCUCUGAAAUUGCAAUAAAAAAAUUUUGUAAACACCUCUGGUACCUGUCUGAAGAAUGUAUUGCAUUGACAUUAUUCGACGAUGACGUUUCUUAUGCCAUGAAACAAAAUAUUGUGGAAAAAAUUAAAAACAUCGACAACUGCGACAAGGAAACGGAAAAUGUAAAGAGGGUACACGUAAGAUCCAGUGAAAUCAAUGAAUUUAUAAGAAAAGAACUACAUGAUUUUGUAACAGCAAAUACAAUUGAUUUUUUUGGACGGUUUGGGAUUUCACCUCAAUUUCUGCAGGUAGAUCCACUUUAUUGGAAGGAUACAGAAACCUAUCAAAAAGCUAAGGAUAUUGUUAUAAAUAUAAAAGUGGUUAACGACACAGCAGAACGUGGAGUAAAACUUAUGGAAGAAUAUAAUAGAAUACUAACAAAUGACGAACAAGAAAAACAAUAUUUAUUACAAGUUGUAACUGAUUAUAAAAAACAAUUUGAUUCACAUAAUAAAUCAUCUUUAAUUAGAUCAUAAGAAAUAAUAUUAUAUUUUUUAUUAUUGAGAGUUAAAUUACCUUUCGCACAUAACAAAUGAAGUAGGGUAGACUAAAUUUAAGAAAAUGUAAAAAUUCGUAAUUUUUCAGGAU